GUCGGCAGGGAAACGGGAAGCUGCGGGCGGUAGCGGUUACUCGGGCUGACCGUGAGAAGGCGGCGACGACGACGGAGAGACAGCAGGCGAGGCCUCGGGCCGCUGUGGUGGUGCCGGUGUUGUUGUUAUCCCGCCGAUCGCUGAGAAAAAAUGGGCUGCCUGUUCUCGAGGAAAUCCAAAGGGAAGAAACAGGGCAAGGCGGCGGCGGCGGCGGCGGCGGCGGAGGAAGAGCCGCCGAAGCAGUACAGCUGGGACAACCGGGCGAAGGAGAUUGAUGUUAAAGAUUAUAUGCUGGUUGGCUUAAAGGAUCAGACAGUAGGACGGUUGCCUGGUAAAGUUGCUGGUGAGCAGUUUGUCAUUGAAGAAUGUGAAAACUGCAACAUAUAUAUAUUUGACCACUCUGCCACCAUCACCAUUGACGACUGCACCAACUGCAAGAUAUUUCUGGGACCUAUCAGGAGUAGCGUGUUUUUCCGCAAAUGUGUAGACUGCAAAUGUGUCGUGGCUUGUCAGCAAUUUCGUACGCGAGAUUGCAGAAAAAUGGACAUCUUCCUCUGCUGUGCAACGCAGCCCAUCAUCGAAUCAUCUACGGGCAUGAAGUUUGGUUGUUUCCAAUAUUACUAUCCUGAGCUGGGUUAUCAGUUCAAAGAUGCAGGCUUGAGCAUCUUCAACAAUAAUUGGAGCAACAUCCAUGACUUCACCCCUUCAUCAGAUGAAAACAAUUGGAUGUUGUUAGCUGAAGAUGCAGUACCACAUGAUUAUGUUCCUCUUCCUGAUUCAGAGGAGCUGAAAGCAGUUCGGAUCUCCACUGAGUUGAACAGAAGCAUUGUUCCGGUCACACGAGGCCAGAGACAAAAGAGCAGUGAAGAGUCGUGCUUGGUUGUGUUUUUUGCAGGCGAUUACACCACAGCCAAUGCCAGGAAGUUAAUCGAUGAGAUGGCCACAAAGGAUUUUGCUCUUGUUCAAACAAAGGAAAUUUCAAUGAAACCAGAUGAUGUCAACAGGGUAUUCAAAGAGAAAGCAGCAGAGUUUGUUCCAUCGCUUCAGCAAGGCCCUGUUGUGGCAUUGGAAUUCAAUGGAGAUGGGGCAGUGGAGACUUGCCAGAAUAUAGUCAGUUCCGUAUUCACUGCUUCCAAGGUGUUUGUUUCUGAAAGCAAAUCUUCAGCAUCCCAAGAUGUGGACAAUUUCUAUAACUAUGCUGAUAUACAGAUGGGAAUGUGAAAAUGAACAAAGGUUAUGUGUGACUAUCUUGCCUGCAGAUUGCUAUUUUCCAAUUGUAGAAUAUUUUUGAACUACUGGAAAUAGUAAUGUGAAGUAAGAGUGACUUUAGCUAAGAUUUAACAUCCUGAAUGUACUGUUUUCAAAGUACUGCUAGUCAAAUUAUAUAACCAAAGUAUUUUAAGCAUUCUUGUAUAUAUAUUUUAAACUUUGCCUGCUUUUGCUUAAAAAGGAAGAAUCAUUUAAAAGAAAGCAACAGGUUCUUGGUGUUUUUUUAAUUUGAUGUAAUCAUAGAAUAUUACUGUAGAAGAUGAAAAUAUUUGUACCUUUACUGACUAAUCCCCAUUGUAAGUUUUUUUUUCCACCCAUUCUCUAAAUAGAACAUUAGCUGAAGAAAAUUUUAGGGUGAUAUAGUGGUGCAGCUAAUAGAACUGCUGCAUCACAGCUCCAGCAACACAGGUUCAAUGCUGACCUCCAGAGAUCUUUCUGGCAUUUUCCAUGUUCACCCUGUGGCCAUGUGGUUUAGUUUGCAUGUUCUGAUUUCCUCCCACAUCCUGACAGUGUAUAAGUUAGUUGAUUGGCCACUAAAUUCUCUCUGUUGUGUAGGUGAGUGGAGAGUUGAUUGGAAUGAAGGGGGAAUAUAAUGGGACCAGUGUAAAUGGGUACUUGAUGGUUGACAUGGACUUAUUUGGCUGAAGGGCUGUUUGACUAUGACUUUCUUCUUUUAAGAAGUUUCCCAUCCCAUUCACACAUGCAAAAGAUAAGAUGAGGUAUCUUUAUUAGUCACAUGUAUAUCAAAACACAGUGAAAUACAUCUUUUAUCAUCUAUCAAUAUCUUUCAAUAGCAUUUGUCUUGGAGGCUCUUAACUUGGUUUUCUUUUUGUGGAUUACUGCACUUUUAACAGUAACUUGGAUUUCUCUAGGAAAAGGUUGUCUUAGGAGUUUCCCCAGACAGGUGUUUCGAAAAUGCUCAUUGAGUCAAAAGAGAGGUUUGGGACAAGUGGCCAGUAGUUUAACUGAAAUCUUUAGCCUCUGGAGAACUAUCCAAAUAUUGGAGAAACCUACAAAAUAGGGGAAGAUAUCACUGUAGGAAAUUUGUACUCCUAAGGAAUCUGGAGUUUUAAAAUUUGUAAUAUCCAAUAAUAAGUACUUUUCCCUUGUCACUUGGCUUUCCUUAUAGCCUUUAUUGCAAGUAUUAAUUUUCAUCUUUUACAGUGAAGUGAAAUUUGUGGUACUGACAUUGAUCUAUGGUUUUAUUGUUGAAAAAUAUAAUUUUGGUUUAAGUUUAGGAUUUUUUAAGAUUCUAAAAUUUUUUAACUAUAUGACAGAUUACAACAUCCUUAAAAUGGAAUAUGGUGUUUAAGAUGAAAGUUGCAGGCUACAUUGAUGAAAACUAUUGGAAAAGAUUUUUUAAGUAUUUCUGAUCUACCUGAUUCUGGGCAUUUCUUAUUGCUAUGGGAAGGUUGGAUUAGUGACUGUUUUUAAAUUUUUGUGGUUUCUGAAUUUUCCCUGCAAAAACCUUUGUGCUAAAAAAAAAUUUACACUAUCAAUAUUUUGUAUGUAAUUACUAAGCCUGUACUAAAGUGCAAUAAUUUGUUUGAGCUUAGUGAAAAUUGGCAAUUUGUUAACUAGAAGCACACCUGUAGUGAACAGUAAUACAAACUUGCAUUAACAUCUUUACCAUGAGUUCACAUCUCCUUUUGAUUUCACCGACUUCUGUUUGGUCUCAAAUUUUAAUUUUAUUCUUUUCAUUACAUUACAAAGUGUCCAGGUGAAUGGUGUCUUAAAACAGAUGCACAUUAAUCCCUGUAUAAAUUUUGCAUGUAAGCUCCUUUAUUUAAGGAAUAUCUAAUGAGCCUUUGUUGGUGUGCUCUUUGCUGCAACAAAUAUCUGAAAUAACUAAUGAAAAAUAUUUUGUUAUAGAUUUACAAAGCGUAGCACAGAAAUGGAGCAUUUAAACCGUGGCCCAUGAAGUAUCUAUGCUCCACAGGAGCCUGUGCCCAUACUUCUAUCCAACUCUGUUAGCAUCUAUUCCUUUCUCUUGUAUAUCUGGAUUACCCUUCAAUGUAUUCAUGCUUUUUGCCUUUACUAUUCCUGGUAACUAUAGUAGUAAGUGAAUUUGUGAUGCACAAAAAUCUUUAAGUAAUUUGUUACAAAUUUUGGAAUUAAAAUAUAAAAGUAAAUUUGCAGAAAUGUUAUAAUUAACAGCAAUCAUGCACAGGGGCAUCUUUGGCAAAUGCUUGUAAUGAAAUCAAUGGAAAAUUUUCAAAUUUGCUGCUGAAACUUUCUGAUUACAGAUAAGUGGUUACAGCACAGAGACCUAGUUCAUCUAUCAGCUUAACUGUGCAAGCAAAUCUCAUGUCAUUAUCCUCCUUAUUACAUCACUUAAUAUUUUUGAACCAAUUAUCUAAUUUUCUUUUUAAAAUAAAAUGACACCAGAUCAGCAACAGUUUGUGACGUACAAUUCCACAUUCCAACUAUGUGAAUCACUUUUUUUUGUAAAGUUGUCUAUAAUUAUUUGUGACUGUGGUUGUAAUUUUGUAAAUGUAGAUCCUUUUAUUACCUUCUCACAGAACAUUUGCAACACUAUCAAUAACAACUGUUCCAAAAAAAAAUCUACUUCAAUAAGAAAAAUCCCAUUUAUGGUGAAGCCAAACAAAUGUUUUUAAAUUUCUCUUCUGGGUGUGGCAUAAUGCAAGAAGGCAGGAAAGAGGAACAAGGAGGAAUGGAUCAUUUCAGCUCUAUAUACAUCAACUUCUAUCCUAUAAUCUAACUUCCUGAAUUAGUAUCAUAAGGAAUAUGUUUGGGUCAGAUAGCUUGAUCACAAAUGUAAUUGUACUACAAAUCCCUGAGAUCUCCAUCUCUCCUCUCUCGCCUUCCAUCAGUUUUUCAGCCUAGUUGCUGUGAUUCCAGUAGGACUUAAUUUGUCACGCAAGUUUUGAAUGUCUGUUACCAAAUAUUUAUGGACAAUGGUCCAUGGAGCAUGCAAAUCUGCUACCAAACUUUGAACUCCUUUCAGACUUUACCAAUUAAGAAUAACUCUACCUUUCUGAUGCUUGAAAACAAAAGCUUGGUAUUAAAGAGUUUACACCUUUUCCAUGAGUGGUUACACAGCUUUUUUUAAAAAUCUCAAACAUGAACAAUUUGAGCUGUUUAUUGUAAAUGUAAUUCCCUCAAACUUUAAUGUGAUUGUUCUUCCUUUUUGUAAAAGCAGUGCCACAUUGAAUGGCUGUUCCACAAAUAUUUGUUAGUGUUCAGUAUUUUUUUUGACUUUUUCAAACUUCCUCAUCCCUACCCCAAUAACAUUGAGCUGCAGCAAUUGAAUUUGAUGCGCCUUAUUAAUGUACAUUCACUACUUUGGAAUGUCUAGCAUUUCUCAAUGUUACUGUUGAUUAUGAAACGAUUUAAUUAAAAAGUAUCUUGUGUCUCAAUACAAUUCCAUUUAAGAAGUUGCUCAAAGUAGUUUUACUUCCUUUUAAAAACAUUUUCAAUCCUAAUUAUGCCUUCUAUUUUAUAACAGGCUGCUUGAAAUCAGAUUAAACUAAUUUCUGGCUGCCUCCUUGUAAUGAAUUGUGACCUUUGCAAAGCAACACAAUACAUAUGCCCUUAUGAGGCCAUUCAGCCCAUUUAACUUGGAGUGAUUUUAUCAAUGAGUAAUGCAGUUGGUCCCAAUUCCUCAUUCUGUAUGGAAAUUGACUUCAAAAAUACAAACUAGACAAAAGAUUCUGUAAGGACACAUGCAUACCUGCAGCAGACCUACUCUACAAUUACAGUUCCAUUGAAAGCAUGCAUAGGAAGAUUAUACUGAUAUUUGUUGGAACACUAUGCCCACUGAGCAGCAGGAACUCAAGAAGUGGUUAUAUAUUUGUCACAGAAUUAAUGGUAUUGCUUUUACUUCUGUAAAUUAUGAAUUUGUAACUAUUGUAAAGAUUUUUAUUAAACACUACUAUACCAUAAUUUAUGGUCCAAUG